GGCUUGUGCUUUGUUGUCCUACGCUAGACCACUUAUUUCGUACGACGUCGUUUUUUAAAGACUUCCUUUCUAUCCUCAUUCCAAAGGCAAUUUCGCUUACUCAGCAAAUUUCUGCCAAGUCGACUCCUCUCCUCCCUCCUUCCCUCACUGGCUGCUAUUGAAAUCUCAGCAAAGUUAAUUUUCGAGCAGCAGCAGCUAAGUGACUGGUGGUCUGAAUCUAAUUUUUCUGUUGAAAGAAAAAAAUGGCAUUGGUGGUAAUUUGCGGGCAACCUUGCAGUGGGAAGUCUACUGCUGCGAAAUGUCUAUCUGAAGCUCUGAAUGAAUCAGAAUGUAAACAGACAGUUAGGAUCAUUGAUGAAACUUUGUUUCAUCUUGAUCGCAAUCAGAGCUAUGCUAAUAUGCCGGCCGAGAAGAAUUUACGGGGAGUGCUCAGGUCUGAAGUUGAUAGAUCUGUCUCCAGAGAUAAUAUUAUUAUAGUUGAUUCUUUGAACAGUAUCAAGGGUUAUAGAUACGAGUUAUGGUGUUUGGCCCGUGCUGCAGGAAUAAGGUACUGUGUGUUAUAUUGUGAUGUUGAAGAAGCAGAGUGUAGGAAAUGGAAUGAAGAGCGUAGGGAGAAGGGAGAGGCUGCAUAUAAUGAUGCGAUAUUUGAAGAUUUAGUUAGAAGGUUUGAGAAACCAGAUAGAAGAAAUCGCUGGGAUUCACCUUUGUAUGAGUUGUGGCCUCAUAAAGAUGGAGUAGAGAAAUCUUCCGAUGCCAUUGCAGACGUGGUUUCUUAUUUGACGAAAAGAGUGGACUCGAAAUCACGCGAUGUUAAGAUUUUACAGCCGACCAUUGCUACACAAAAUAUGCGGUUUUCAGAGGCAAAUUCUUUGUACGAGUUGGACAGAGCAACACAGGAGGUGAUUAAUGCUAUUGUGGAAGCACAAUCCCAGGCAACCGGAGGACCUCUUGGUGGUAUUUGUAUCGGCCAAGGUUUACCAAGUAUCGAUAUUUCCAGAUCAGUUGGGUUGCCAGAGCUACGUAGGCUACGGCGUACAUUCAUCAAGUUAACAGGGCAAACAAGUUUGAGUGGGCGACCUCCGCCAUCCGAUGCGGACAGUGCAAAAAGGAUGUUUGUAGACUAUCUGAAUAGGGAAUUAGGAACUUCUGCUUGAAAGAGGGUAAGUACCCUACUUUUAUACCGUAAUUAUUGUUGUCAAAGGUUUUAGUAAUUUACAUUCUACUGUUAUUUUCUCUAAAGAACCAUUUUAGAUUGUCUCAAAAUUAUUUUAGACUUGGCAUUGAGAGUCAUGAAGAGAGUGAUUUACUUUUACAGGAUCUGUUAAUGUGUUUGAUCUUUGAUGUCAACUGUAUCAAAAAAGAAUGAUUAGGUGUCUAAUUAGUGAGCACAUGCACUCUUGAACAUCACUGUUAUUUGCAUCUAUAAUGGAAGAGUUGUUCUACUUUUACAGUUU